CCCCGGGGCGGGGCCGGGCCGGGCCGGCUGCGCGGGUGUGGCCGCCGCGGGCUCGGGGUGCGGAGGCGCCGCGCUGCAGUGCUACUGUUGGUUGAAGCUUUAACCUUUUGCUGGGAGGCCCAGAGGCAGACCUCUGUGCAUAMCAAAUGGCGGCGCAGUGUGUGACAAAGGUGGAGCUGACUGUUGCCUGCACCAAUCUCUUGGAUAAAGAYGUUGGUUCCAAGUCAGACCCUCUGUGUGUGCUUCUCCAGAACACAAGUGGUCAGCAGUGGUAUGAGGUUGAUCGCACAGAAAGAGUUAAGAAUUCCUUGAACCCAAAGUUUGCCAAGAAAUUCUUAAUUGAUUAUUAUUUUGAGCUAGUUCAGAAACUUAAGUUYGGAAUAUAUGACAUCGAUAACAAAACCUUUGAGCUGAGUGAUGAUGACUUUUUAGGAGAAUUAGAAUGUACGCUGGGACAGAUAGUUUCUAGCAGGACUCUGACAAAACCAUUAGUACUUAAAAAUGGCAAACCUGCUGGAARAGGAAGCAUUAUGAUUACAGCAGAAGAAGUGAAGGAUAACAGRGUGGUUAUAUUGGAAAUAGAAGCAAGGAAACUGGACAACAAGGAUUUUUUUGGAAAGUCAGAUCCUUAUCUGGAAUUCCACAAACAGACUGGAGAUGGAAACUGGGUGAUGGUUCACAGAACAGAGGUUAUUAAAAACAACCUGAAUCCUGUUUGGAGGCCCUUUAAAAUCUCUCUCAACUCUCUGUGUUACAGUGACAUGGAUAAGUCAAUCAAGGUUGAGUGCUAUGACUAUGAUAGUGAUGGGUCUCAUGAYCUCAUAGGAAGUUUUCAAACGACAAUGUCAAAACUGAAGGAAGCAUCUCGGUCGUCACCUGUUGAAUUUGAGUGCAUCAAUGAAAAGAAAAGACAGAAGAAAAAGAACUAUAAAAACUCUGGUAUUGUGAGCGUUAAGCACUGUGAGAUCAUUGUAGAAUGCACAUUCCUUGAUUACAUCAUGGGUGGGUGUCAACUGAAUUUCACAGUGGGGAUAGAUUUUACAGGCUCCAAUGGAGACCCUCGCUCUCCGGACUCCYUGCAUUACCUCAGCCCUAAUGGARUUAAUGAAUACCUAACAGCCAUUUGGUCUGUUGGGAUGGUCAUUCAGGAUUAUGAUACAGAUAAGAUGUUUCCAGCCUUUGGAUUUGGUGCACAAAUCCCUCCUUCCUUUCAGGUGUCUCAUGAGUUCCCAAUAAAUUUUAACCCAUCAAACCCAUUCUGUAAUGGGAUCCAAGGCAUUGUUGAUGCAUAUCGAGCCUGUCUUCCUCAACUGAAGUUAUAUGGACCAACMAAUUUUUCUCCAAUUAUAAAUCAUGUGGCAAGAUUUGCUGCUGCAGCUACUCAACAGCAAACAGCAUCUCAAUACUUUAUACUUCUGAUCAUAACGGAUGGUGUGAUAACAGACCUUGAUCAAACUCGGACUGCCAUAGUCAAUGCUUCCAAAUUGCCCAUGUCCAUUAUCAUCGUUGGUGUUGGAGGAGCAGACUUCAGUGCUAUGGAGUUUCUCGAUGGUGACGAUGGAGUUCUUAGGUCCUCGACAGGAGARCCAGCUGUCAGAGACAUUGUCCAGUUUGUGCCAUUCAGGAAGUUCCAAAAUUCUCCCAAAGAAGCUCUGGCUCAGUGUGUCCUGGCAGAAGUCCCUCAGCAAGUGGUGAACUACUUCAGCACCUACAAACUCCAACCUCCUAAGAAUCCUGCUGCAAAAUGAAUGGGCUGAGCAGAGGAGAGAUUUUGUGCUUGCUUUAGUUGCUGCAUCUACAGACUUUGGUUCUCAAGAUACUUCUGUAUACAUGUACACAUGCCUCUGUAUCCUAAUGUCUGUAGCUUUUGCCUACAAAUCACUUUGCCAAGUGUGCCUUUUAUGGGCCAAAAUAGUACUGGUGUUUAUAUUUGAUGUUGAUUUGAGAGAUAGUGCUUACACGGAUGCAUUUGGUUUUGAAAAGUAAGAGUGGAAAAAAGAGUUACUUUACACUACGAUAAUAAAAUUUGGUCACCGRUGUUUUAUACUCAGACAAGUGCCACAGAGUGUAAAGGUCCUCCUUGCACACUUCAGUGCCUUUGAGCAGUUCCUGGGAUUCAGGGCUGUAGAUUCAGAACAUAAGCCAAAGAAGUCAUUAAAGUAUAUGCUUUUAUAGUAUUACCUUCUCUUAAGGUAGUAUGGGAAUAAAUAGGGUGGAACAAGGUAAACCUCAGUCAUCUCAGAAGAAUACUACUGGCCUUUGAGRCUACUACUGUAAGCACUGURAGAUGUGUUCCAAUGUGCAGUGUACUGGAAAAUGGMAAUUCCAGAUUUUAUCUUGGUAGGGAUUUAGUUUUGGGUUUUUCCCCCACAUUAAACAGUCAGGACUAUUGAUCUUUAAAGGGCUUUUUGUGAAGUAGGAAUUUACUUUUUAAUUAAAAAGUUUUGUCUGAUUUACAACUGCAUAUUUGGAGGUAAAGGCAGUUCUUCAAAGCUCUGCGUGUAUUUACUUUUGUCUUAUUUUGAAUCAUGCUGUUUUUCCAUGAGCUCACUAAUGAAAAGUGCCUGCAAAAACCUCAAUAUUCCCUUUUUCUCUCCCUUUAGGAAGACAUAAGAAAGUCAAGUCUCUCAAGCCUUAAUGCUAUAAUCAUACUCUAUUUCUCUAAGGCARACAAUUUCUGGUUUAUUUACUUGGGCUGAGUUUUCCCUUCACCUUUUAUACCAAGUGUAAAUCAUGUUGUGUUUGAUUAGUGGACAGAUGAAGGUCUCUUGUCCCCCAGCUGCAUACUGCUCGCUGAGGAUSUCUUCUGACCCUGUCACUCUGUGUAACAUAAGUGGAUGUAAAGGUCACAUUUAUCACUUUUGAAAUGUCAGUCUUGAACAUUAAUUCACAUUUGAAGUGGUUUAGACAUCCAACUGAUCUCAUGUGGAUGGUCUACUGGUAGUAUGUAAGAACAGAAUGGGAUAAUGCUAAAUUUAGCACACUUGGACACUCGGGAUUUCACCAGGUCAUAGUGUAUGGGACUUCAAUUGCUGGAACUGCUUGGUGUGCUUUUGGGGUUUUUUUCUUGCAUGUACAAUCUGUCAAAAGUCUGAAUUCAUGUUAGCAUUGAUGAAUAAAAGAUACAUGUAUUGAGAUUACUUUACUUUACAGAAGACAUACCUUGUAGACAGUUGACAUUUAUCAGUCAAUCGUAAAUGAAUAUAUUUAUCUACACUUCGAUUUUCUUGGUGAAAGGACACCCUAAAUGCUAUCAAGUAGUGAAAUACUAAGGAAGAGACUUUGUUUAAUAUUAAGCCAAGCUCUUUUUUUGAAUGUAAAUCAUAUAUUUAUGUAAAAAAAUCUAUAAUCAUCUUUUAUCAGUGCAGUGCAAAUCUGUUACUACUUUAUAUAUAAAUUACARUGAAGUGUCAGAUAUGCAACUUAAAGUAUUAAAAUCAAGGAAGUUUUUUAUAAUAAACCUAAAUCAAAGUGCUGCAAAUUGAGAGUGUAUAAUUUGGAAGAGUAAAUUGUUCCACAGCUAUAUGCUUCAUGUACAGAGAUAACUGGAUGCAGUAUUAAUCCUUUGUCUACAUUAAUUGAAGUGGAUGGUACUACUGAAAGGAGUACAGGAUACUACUGAAGUUCCUCUGAGCUGUCUGCCAAAAAUAAUGCUGCACCUGAAUUUGUGAUUUGUGUUCCCAAUUCUGAUUUACAUUGCCAUGGAAGAGCAUUUAAACGUGUAAGUAGGUAUUAUCAUACUAAUUAUCUGCUGCAUGUAAAAGAAAACCUGUUGUUUUUCUGUAUUCUAUAUAAAAAUUCUGAGUUU